UGCCUUUCUUCUUUUGGAGUGAACGAACGCAUUAAAAAAAUUAUGAAAAUUAAUUACGGUGAAAUUAUUGCUAAAGUUGAGACCUUUGACAUCAGGUUUCCGACUAGCUUACAGCAAGACGGAAGCGAUGCUAUUCACACUGAUCCUGAUUAUUCUGUAGCUUAUAUUGUUAUAACGACUAAAAGUGGCAAGAAAGGAUACGGAAUGACCUUCACAUUAGGUCGAGGAAAUAAUAUUGUUUGCUGUGCUAUUGAAACUCUUAAAUUCAUCCUGGAAAAUAAGUCUGUUGAUGAGAUUUAUCAAGAUUUUGGAGGAUUUUGGAGAAAAUUAACAAGCGAACCGCAGUUAAGAUGGCUAGGUCCAGAAAAAGGGGUUCUUCAUUUAGCAGUAAGUGCCUUAAUCAGCUCAUUAUGGGACCUUUGGGGACGACUGGAAAGAAAGCCUGUGUGGAAAUUGCUGUCAGACAUGACACCUGAAUUCCUGGUCUCAUUGAUUGAUUUUCGCUACUGUACGGACGUGCUUACAAAAGAUGAAGCAAUUGAACUUCUUAAAAAGUCAUCAGAAGGAAAAGGCAAAAGAGAACGUGAUCUUUUGGACAGUGGAUAUCCCUGCUACACAACAGCAGCUGGUUGGCUUGGAUAUAGUGACGAGAAGAUGAUUGAGUUAUGCAAGAAAUAUAUGAAUAAGGGAUUCAAUGCAUUUAAAAUUAAAAUUGGUCAAAAUUUGGAAAGCGACAUCAAAAGAUGCAAACUAAUUCGUGAAAUCAUUGGAUAUGAUAAUGUCUUGAUGGUCGAUUCAAAUCAGAUAUUUGAUGUCCAACAAGCGAUUGAUUGGAUGACUGAAUUAAAAGAUUUUAAUAUUUUGUGGAUUGAGGAACCAACAAGCCCUGACGACAUACUUGGUCAUGCGAAAAUUGCAGAAGCACUGAAAAAGUACGGUAUUAAGGUAGCGUCAGGGGAGAUGAUAUGUAAUCGAGUCGUAUUUAAACAAUUUAUGCAGGCAAAGGCUUUUGAGUAUUGUCAAGUUGAUUCAGCUAGAAUUGGAGGUGUCAAUGAAUUACUUUUGGUCUAUUUAAUGGCAAGGAAAUUUAAUAUAAAAGUUUGUCCACAUGCUGGUGGUGUUGGACUAUCUGAAAUGAUUCAACAUUUACAAUUUUGGGACUAUGUAUCAGUUUCAGGAACUAAAGAAGGAAGAUACAUUGAAUAUGUUGAUCAACAACAUGAACAAUUUGUACAUCCAGCAAUCGUCAAUAAUGCACAUUACUUUCCGAAAAUGUCUUCGUAUGGCUUUAAUACAGAACUGACAGACGAUUGUGUAAGAAAAUUUGCUUAUUCAAAUGGCGAAAAAUGGCAAAAACUUUUUAAUGCUAAUGUUUUUCCGCGACCUUCUUGAAAUUGUUGAUUUAGCACGUUAUUGUUGUACAAUUUACAGCAUAAACUGGCACAAACAUUUAAAGAGGAAAUAAAAAUGUUUGGUGGUGGGAAUU